AUGGCUCAAAACCACUCCCACUCUAGUAGGGGAAGACAUGUUUCGUCUCAUGAGAAUGGUCUCGUUCCCCAUGAAAGAUACCAAAAGUUGAAGCGUAGAGUUUGUGAUAUGCAAACUGAUCUUGAUAAAGUCUCCAAAGAGUUAGAUAAGGUUUCUAAAGAACUCGACAGGUCACGUAAAAGGAUCAAAUCCCUCAAAAGAGAGAAAGAGUUGUUGUUGGAUCGUAUCAGCCGGUAUGUGACUGACUCUUCUGAUUCUGAAAAAUCAAUUGAACUCUCGUCCGAAGCUUCAGAUUCUGAUGCUUCUUCGGCUCAACAAUCUAGAGCGUCAUCUAUCAUGCGUCAGAUAAAAAAACCUGCCCGCGGACGUGCUUCCAAUAAAAAAUCUUCUCCGCCUACACCUGCAAACAACAUUGUGAAUACCGUUCCUAUCACUCAUCCUUCUGGAAAAGUUCCAAAGAAACGUGCUAGUAAACGUCCGCUCAAUGCUAAAACUAUGAAAGUUCAAUAUGUUGAACAGGAUGAACAUGGAAAUUAUAAGCUUCCUGUUCAAAUUGGUAUAUUGACCGUAUUGAGCCUUGGUACUGUCGUUUACGAACGUGAUACUUUCCAUAAUGAAAGAUAUAUUUGGCCUGUCGGAUACGCUGUUAAGAGAGCCUACAAUAGCAUGAUCAAUGCUGAUGCCCAAACAAUGUAUGUCUGUAAGAUUGAAGAUGGUGGCGAUGGUCCAAAGUUUGUCAUAGAAGCUGAAGAUCAACCGGAGAAACCUAUCGUAGCGAAUACGGCGACUGGUGCUUGGACUUCAGUCGUUCGUGAAGCUAAUGCUAUUCGCCAUCGUGAUCACUCUAACUCUGCGUCAGGUCCUGACUAUUUUGGGUUUUCACAGGCAACAAUUAGAAAAAUGAUACAAGACUUGCCUAAUGCUAGUAAAUGUAAAAAUUAUGUGGAACAACAUUUUGAAGUCAUGAAGACAAGAAAUGGUGGUGGCAGGCGUAGAGGUACUGGCGCUCGCACUAAUGGUAAUGGUAGAACGAACGGUGCCGUUGAUUCUCCGGUUUCAACCGCUCCUCAAAUAACUGAAGAAAAUGGUGAAGGGGAGUUAGAAAGUGAAGAGUAA